CGUGCUACGGUGGAGUUGAGCUCGGAAUGUGGUGGGGGCUCGAGUUAGGAUGUGACAAUUUGAUAUCAUAGCUAAUCCCUGACCAAAUGUGUGCCGACGAGGACUUCGGCUCCCUAAGGGGGUGGAUUGUUACAUCUCACAUCAUCCAGGGAAGUGGAUGUUGUAAGCUUUAUAUGUAUAUUCUCAUAUCUACCUAGCACGAGGCAUUUUGGGAGCUCACUAGCUUCGGGUUUCAUCGGAAUUCCGAAGUUAAGCAAGAUCGCCUGAGAGCAAUCACAUGAUAUGUGACCCACUGGGAAGUUCUCAUGUAAGUUCCCAGAAACAAAACUGUGAGGACGUGGUCGGGGCCCAAAACAGAUAAUAUCGUGCUACGGUAGAGGGGAACUAGAGUGUGGUGGGGGUUGGAGCCGGAUGUGACACAAAACUAGCUAGUCAACAAUUGAAAUAUGCUUUUUAAUUAUAAUGUUUCGACGAUAAGAGUUGAGUUAAAAAAUACUAGCGGAUAGAUACGUUUAUAUUUAGGGUUUUAUUAGAAACGAUCUUUGAAAUUGACCUCCCAAAUUAAAAUAGAAUUUAAAAUUGAAAAUCGAUGGACGAAAUCCUUGAAUACAGGUGCUGGAAGUUAAUGUCAUCCUUCCCAAGUAUUUACCCCGAAACUAAGCAGUAACAAAUUGACGAAACAUAUACGAAAGGCCCGAAACUGAACCCGAAAUCCAAAUCCACUGAGAAAUUUAACGCGCCCCAAAACACGCAAAACUGAUUCGGGAAUUGGGAAUCCAAAAAUCAGGAAUCCAAACCCGAGAAGUGUUCGGUUUCGGAGUCCAAAUCCGAAAAGUGUUCUGUUUCGGCUCCGAAACAGUUCACGAUAAAUGCAGAGCCAAUCAAGCCACUCUGCAAAUUCUCACAUUAAAAUUUUCAAGUCUCUGAGAUAAUCUCGCCGUAACGUAAAAAAUCGCGUAGGAAAAUUUUCAAACUUUCAAAUUUCGCAUUGAUUAAUUACAUAAUUAAAACUUUAAAAUUGUUUGAUUGCUGCUUGUUCAAAUUCCCAAUUUUUUUUUUCUAUCGAGAGCAUUUGUUGUUAUGGAGUCGGCGGAGGCGAAACGGAUUUCGGAGCCGGACGAGGAGGAGGUGGAGGUGAAGUGCUACUGCUGCGGUUUGACGGAGGAGUGCACGCCGGCAUACGUAGCGACGGUGAAGGAGAGGCACCAGGACCGGUGGAUUUGCGGGCUCUGCGCUGAGGCGAUCAAGGACGAGAACUCGAGGUCGUCGAGGAAGAUCAGCACGGAGGAGGCGAUGAAGCGGCACGUCAGCUUCUGCGAGGAGUUCCGGAUGUCGAGUCCUCCGGCGAAGCCGACGGAAUAUCUUAUAUCCGCGAUGAAGCAACUGUUGCGGCGGACUAAGGAUUCGCAGAGGAGGGAGAGACUGGGUGGCUGCCGGCCGGGGAUGGUGAGGUCAAAGAGCUGCUUUGCGACGGUGGGGAAGGCGCAGGGAGAUUGAUUGCCCGAGAAGCAAGAUUAAUGGAGUUUAGGAGUUGACUGAGAAACUAAUAAUGAGGAUUAGUGAUGAGAUUAGUGGGAUUGGUUCAACUGAUACGGUAAGAAUAUUUUUUAUUUUUUAGUUUUUGACUCGAUUAAUUAGAUUUAAGUGGUUUUUGUUUUGAUUAAUGUUGUGGAUUAGUUCUGAUAAUUGACAGACAUUGAGAUUGAGUAGGGACGGAGAGAGCAAGUUUUCCAUUCGUAUUCAUUAAUAUUAUCAAAUCUACAUGUACAACUUCUUUCUCCAAGUUCCUUUACAUAUAUGUUAUUUUCUUUUUUCA